AUGAGUCAAAAUUUGGUGGACAAUCUUAGCGUUACGCAGAUUAAACGUAGCAAGAGGGCGGAUUUAGUAGAAAUAGCCAAGGACAGAAAUAUUGACAUAGAGCAGGCAAAAACGAUUAGUGAAAUGAGGGAUAUAAUUAUAGCAGAGAGCUUUGGUGUCGAAGAAGACACGGAAGGAAUAAGGGUGGAGCAAAUAGAUCCCAUCCCCGAGGUAGAAGGGGUUACGCUUAGUGCUGAACAACAGGUAGCAUUUAAGAAGUUGGAAUGGGAAAUGGAAAUGAAAAGAUGGGAUAGAGAGAAGGAUGAAAAUGAGAGAGAGAGACAGUUUCAGAUAGAAAAGAUGAGAAUGGAACAUGAGUUUCGAAUGAGAGAAGGAGAACCUAGAGGGGCUCCACGUGAUCAUGGUAGGAAUGAGGUGGAUAGUCAAGGUUUCAGGUUGUCCGAGGCAUAUAGGUUGGUACCUGUGUUUGAGGAAAACCAUGUGGAUAAGUUUUUCCAGUUAUUUGAAAGGAUGGCACAGGAGCUAUUGUGGCCUAAAGAGAAAUGGUCGUUGCUAGCUCAGAGUAGGUUUAGAGGAAAAGCAAGUGAAGCGUAUAGUGCAUUAAGUGAUGGAAGUGCUAGAGAUUAUGAGGUUUUAAAGGAGGCUGUCUUGAGAGCAUACGAGUUAACUGGGGAGGCCUAUCGACAAAAGUUCCGUCAUUUAAAAAAGUUAGAAUCUCAGACAUAUGCUGAAUUUAUUGCUGUGAAAUCUAGAUUGUUUGAUCAGUGGAUUAGAUCACAAAAGAGUGGGGGUAGUUACGAAAAACUGAGAGAAAUGGUUAUUCUAGAAGACGUAAAAAAUGGUUUGCCCAUGAAUGUAAGAAUGCAUUUAGAGGAUAAACAAGUUGAUUCUUUGGAAGAGGCGGCGGCGUCUGCCGAUAAUUUUUCUCUAAUACACAAAGUUCAGUCGACGCAGUCCAGUUUUAAUUAUCAUCAAAACAGUAGAAAACCCCAGUUUGGUAGUGCCAGUGUCAAACCGUCCGGCUUUCAUUACGUCAGUUCUUUAGCUGGAAGUGGAAAACAUAGGGUUCAGCAGCGCCCCUCAGUAUUAGGACAGGUUGAUCAGAGAUCUCAGUUGUCGGCACAGGCAAAACCAUUUCGACCGAGGUGUUCUUAUUGCCACAUGGAUAAUCAUGUAAUUGCUGACUGUUUUAAGUGGAGAAGGGAUAACAGUAAGGUGGUAGCAUUGGUUCAACAAGAAGAGAGGUGCAAACAAUCGCGUUUGACAGGUCUGCCAGAGAGAAAUAUGUAUGAAGCCUAUAUUUCCUCUGGUAAGAUUUGUGAUGUCAGACUGGACCACCCACCGACGCCGGUGACCAUUUAUAGAGAUACAGGGGCAGGUCAGAGUUUAAUUGUUCAGGGAGGGUUGAAUAAGGUUCCUCAUUCUUACACCGGGAAAAGUGUAGUAUUAACCGCAGUAGGAGGUCAAUGUAUGACGGUCCCUUUGCAUGAGAUAUAUUUAAGUUCCCAGUUUGUGACUGGAAAGGUAAUUGUGGGAGUAGUACCACAUCUACCAUUUGCCAAUGUUCACGUUUUACUUGGGAAUGAUUUGUCCGACAAAUGUUGUCAAAAACGUUGUGACCAAUUGGAGGUUCAAGAAGUACCCAUUAGCGUAGUAGAUAAGGACAUAGGGGAUAUCAAGUAUCCAGCUUGCGCCACGACCCGAUCAAUGACCAGAAAGGCCAAAAUAAGACCAGCUGACGAUAUUAACCUAUCAGAGACGUUCCUGAGUCAUGAGGCCGAGAGCGAGUUGGGGAAGCGUAACACCGGGGGGGAAAUUCCAUACUCCGGGGUUACGCAACCCAGUGGUCUCUACAUCAGCGCCCGAGAGGUGUGA